UCAACAUUAACAACUACAAAUUAUUACAAAUAUUUAAUAAUGAUGAGAAAUGUUAAAAAUAAACAACAAAAUAAAUAUUUUUAUUAUUGGAACAGGUGGAGGAGAGGAAGCAAAACAUCGUCAUUUUCUCAACUUUACAAAUAUUUUCUUUUAUUUAAUUUUAUUGUUUGGAUAAAUGCAUCAAAAUGCACAUUUAAAGAAGGCAACAGUGACACUUUUUAUUUAACAAAAGACAAUUUUCCUUCUUCUAAUUUGUCUACAAAUAUUUUUAAAAUACCUCAAUGUGCCUGUGAAGACGAUUGGACUCAUGCUUUUUGUAGUAGAUCAGAAAAAUAUUUAAAAAUGACAAAGGAAAAGGCGCCAACAAUUUGUGUUUGCAGAAAAAUGAUUGGAAUACUGAAGUGUGUUCAAUUUUUGUCGAGGUGUUUUAGACAAAGUGUUGCUGCUAGUACUGGACAAAUUAAUAUUAAACAACAACAUCGUCCACUGGUGAUAAAUGAAAAAUGCAGUUGUUGUUUUAAUCAACCAGACGCUUUUUGUAACCAAUUAGAAUGUCAUCAAAUGAGCCCAAUAUUUGAACAAACAUCUAAUACUUCUUGUAAAUGUUUUUCUCCAAAAAUUACAGAAGAAAAAAUAUCAAAAAAAUAUUUAAAUUUAAUUGAAACAUUGUGUGGAGAAUGGAAAGGAAAAAUUAUUGACUAUGAUGAUGAAGAGGAAUUAAAGCUUUAUUCAUCUUCUAAUAACAUCAAUAUUCCUUCUACCAGUCACUCAACAACAAACAAAAAUUUAAAUAAUUUAUUUAAUUCAACAGCUCCAUUUGCCAGAUUUUUGUCGUUUCUUUUAAUUGUAUUAAUUGGUUCUUUAAUUUUGGCUAUAUUAGCAUGUUUUUGGAGUCAUUGGAGAAGACAAUAUUUAAGAAAAAAGUGUGAAAUAAAAUUAGAAAAUGAACAAAAACAAAUUAAAAGAAGUCAACAACUUUUGUGUGAACAACAAGAAGAAGAAGGAGGAAGAGAAGAAGAAAAUUUAAAUUUGAAUGAAAUUAAAAAUAAUAAAGAGAUGGAAAAUGAAAGAAGAAGAAUAAUUGUACAAGAAAUUGCUGUUUAA